UUCUUUGAAGAGUUUUCUGGUGUUGUUAAUUAACUGAACUCUCUUCUCUUGAUAUCUGGUAUCUUGGUAUCUCUAUUGGAAACUGAAACACUCAGAUUACUUCAAUAUCAUCAUCAUCAUCAUCAUCAUCAUCAUCAUCAUCAUCAUCAUCAUCAUCAUCAUCAUUUUAGCCAUUGUCCAUCCACUGCAAGAUGGAGGCCUCUUCUGCAAGUUUCCAACCAAUGCAGUCCUGAGUUUCUUUUGCCAAUUAGGCCCACAAUACUUGCUGAUGUCGUCAAUCCAUCUUGUUUUAGGUCUCUCUCGUGAAUGCUUUUUAUCAAGUGGGAUUGCCUUGACUGCCUUGUUCCACCUGCCAUCAGCUCUUCUUGCUAUGUGACCAGCCCAUUUCCAUUUCAAUUCUUAUACUCUCCUGAUGAUAUCAUAUACUUUUGUUUGUUUUCUAAUCCAGGUGCAGGUCUUUCUAUCUUGUCUUGUAAUGCCAAGUAUUUCCGUAGCUCUUUGCAUCAUUCGUAGCUUUUGUCUUGAUUGUGAGAUUAGGCUCCAUGUUUCACCGGCAUAUGUUAGAGCAAGUAACACGCACUAAUCAAAAACUUCUUUCUUCAAGCAUAGAGGGAGGUUGUUUUUGAAAAUUAGGCUUAGCUUGCCAAAUGCCUGCUAACCACAUUUAACACGCCAUUCAAUUUCCUUUAUUGUACCACCUUCCAUUGAGAUCCAUUGGCCAAGGUUUAUGUAGUUAUCUACUACAUCUAGUUCUUCUAUAAAACCUUUUAUUCCUUUGGUGAAUUUUGCUAGCUCUUUUUCAGGUUUAUUUUAAGCCAAAUGGUUCUUCUGCUUUGUGCAGCAGGUGUCUUGUUAGAUCUUCUUGGUCUUGUGAGAAGAGGACAUCAUAAUUUGCAAAUCUUAAGUGAUUUUAAAAGGUGCCAUUGAUUUUUAUUCCAUCUUUUGUCGAGUGAUAUUUUGUCGAGUGAUAGGUGAUAUUUUAUUGCCUUGUUGUACACCUCGUUCUUUAUUGAUUAAUACUUUUAAGAUAUUUUGGCUGUUAUCUUGGUGAAAACAGAGUCACAAUAGAUGUUAUAAUGCGAUAUCUAAGGAAGCUAACAUCUAACUGCUUCUAGUAUGGCUGCUAUGAGAUUAUCCCAGGUACCUUGAAAUAGAAACAUAUGAUUGGAUUUUACGGUAUGAAACGGAGCCAUAUGUCAUGUCAUAUUUAAAAUCAAGUAGAAUGCUUUCUAAAUAACUCUGAAUUUUAUGAAAUGUUUCAUUUUCCCUUAUGCAGCCACGACGAGCCUAUGAAGUUUUCUGUCUGGCAGACUAAAUUAGCACAGACCAGGCAGGAAAUUGAGGAUGGAAAGAAUUGUCUUAUGAGGAUGAGAUACAAAAUGAUCCCUCCCUAUUUCAAGUCUGAAUUUGGAAUGCAGUUUCUUCAAAAAGAGUUUCCAGAUGUUGACGUUCUCUCAGGAAUGCUCCCUCCUUUUCCAGACAAAGAAACAAAGGAACCGUUGUUCGAUACAUUUACAGAAUCUUCUGAAAAUGAAACUGCUGGAGUAACUGCAAGUGUCAGAGAUGGCUUGGUCAGACAUAAGCAUUCCAAAGAACUGCCUCUAAACACCAUUUCUUCCUCAAACUAUGCUGAAACCUAUCCAUCCCAUCUUACAAACGUAGGUGCAGAAGGAAAUGAAACACGAGUCCAGGUCCAUCCAAAACUUCAACCACUUCUUGUGGAUGUUACAGGAUCCCCAAGAAAAGAGAAAGUGAAAUUGCCUGCUUUGAUACAAAGAAACAAGCCACGAUCAGUACCAAGGCAAAAAAAUGUAGACCUUGUUUCUGGCAAAGUCCGCACAUGCUCUGUCACAGCACCUUCCCAGACAAUGUCAGGAUUCCUUCUUAUCCCACCGAAGGUGACAUUUGGCAUUCUUAAGGAGGGCUGCACUUAUUCAACCACAGUGGCUUUGAAGAAUGUUGGAAUGGACUUCUGCAGGUUUCGGGUGAAACAACCACCACCUUCUACAGGAUUGCGAGUCAACUACACUCCAGGGCCUGUGGCUGCUGGACUGCAAACUGUACUGGAAAUAGAGAUUUUUGCCAUGGCUGUUGGAGUGGAAGGAGAUGAGGGCUUGGACAAACUUUCCCAUCAGAUUGAAAUUCACACAGAAACUGAAACACUAUUUCUUCCUGUGGAAGCAACAGUCUUAACAGAAAGCAUCUAUGAUGAGAGACCAUCAAACUAUCCCAAGGGACGGCAUGCCUCCAGCAUCCAGCUGAUCCCAGCAAGUCCAGCCUCUCAGUUUAGAGUAAUACUUCCUCACAAGCUUCCUCAUUAAUAGCAGACCGGAUUAAUUUUUUCCAAUACUAUGACAGUCCUCCAGUGCUAACAUUCUUAGUAUGCAUAUAAUAUUAAAUCAAUGUUUUCAAAGGUUAAUGAAAUUGUAUUUAAACUAAUAUUUACACAUUGUAUAUAAAUUGUUAUUGUAAACAAUUGUGAGCAUAUCUUAAUAUGUAUAUGCAGCAAUAAAUAAGAAAAAUUCUGUA